AUGACGGAAAUAAAAGAUUUUAUGCCGUUUUCAUCGACGUACCGGAUAAUAUCUUUCAUGAUGGUGGUCGGGUUCGUGUAUCCCAACCCUAAGCUGAGCAAAAUUCGCAUCGUAGCCGUUUUUGCAUUGCUGCUGUCCAUAGCGCCCGUGUCAUUGUUAAUAUUUAUCGACAUUUACAAGUCGUUCAUAAAACGCGAUUUUGUGAACAUAAUACGCCACAGCACCGUCGUCGGACCCUUUCUCGGGAGUUUUCUUAAGCAAAUAAUCAUGCACAUGAAACAAACCACCGGCAUGCAGAUAAUAGACGAGAUCAACCGCGACUACAGCUCCUACAACACAAUGCCGGCGCGCUACCGGCGCAUCGUAGACGCGAGCAUCAAAAAUAACUUGGCGUACAGCGAGAAGUGCUGGGCCAUCACCGUCGUGUCCUGCGUCAUGACCUUCCCCGUAAUGGCGAUAGCUUUAAACAUAUACAAUUUCACGUUCAAAUCCGAACCCACCAAAUACAUGAUCCACGACCUGCAGAAACCGUACGGUCGCCCCGAGGACAGGUUCGACUCGCCAUAUUUCGAAAUUAUGUUCGUGUAUAUGUUUUACUGCGCUAUACUGUACGUUAUUAACUUCACCGGUUACGAUGGUUUCUUUGGCCUGACCAUAAAUCACGCGUGUCUCAAGAUGGAGCUGUACUGUAAGGCGUUCGAGGACGCCUUGGAAGCGAAUAGUUUGGCGGAGAUGCAGGUGAAGAUCGUUGGCGUUAUAAAGGAGCAGAAUCGACUUUUCAAAUACGUCGAACUAAUACAGGAAACCUUCAACAUAUGGCUGGGCAUAAUUCUGAUUGCUACCAUGAUACAGAUAUGUAACUGUAUGUACCAUAUUACUGAGGGAUAUGAGCUCGAUUUACGGUAUAUUAUAUUCAUAAUUGGCACAAUAGUACACAUCUACCUGCCUUGCCGUUACUCCGCUAAGCUACAGCACAUGUCGUUAGAAACCGCGACUCUGAUAUACUGCGCCAAUUGGGAGAGAGUGAGCAUAAUAUCGAUUCGGAGAAUGGUACUCUUCAUGAUCGCUAGGGCGCAGAUACCACUAGAAAUAACGGCAUUCAACAAAUUAAUAUUCGACAUGGAUCUUUUUGUAUCAAUCCUACAAACUUCAUAUUCCAUGUACACCUUAUUACGUUCUUAA